AUGGCACCAAGCCACCUCCUCCGGGCAACAAUGCCUCUCCGCGCCUCAAUCACGACACCUCUGUCCCUGACACGCCCCUCAAUCUUCCAAUCAACCAGAUACCUCACCACACCCCUCCGCAACGCCUCAACAACCACCCCAACUCCCACACAACCCAAGACCAAGGGCACAGACACACAAGCGCCCUCCCGACUUCGCAACUACGCCUCAGCCCUGAAAACCGGCACCGUAGUCUCCGUCGGCCGCAUGGACCGCACGGUGGGCGUCUGCCACCGCCACACCCUCUGGGACCGACACAUCCGCAAGUUCUAUCCCCAGGAAACACACUACCUAGUGUCCGACCCUUGCAACUCCCUCCGCGACGGCGACGUAAUCGAGUUCUCGUCCGGCGCGCCCAAGAGCCGAAACGUGCACCACGUCGUCGAGCGCAUCGUCACUCCCUUCGGCGUGGCGAUUGAAGACCGUCCUGCUGUUUUGUCGAAGGAGCAGCGUGAGGCUGAGCGUGAGACCCGCUGGGCGGCGAAGUAUCUCCGCCGUGAGUCGAAACGGCUUGGUCGUGAGGUUGAUCUUGUGCAGGAGGCAGCUAAGGCUGGUGUUCCUGUGCCUGAGGGUCAGGUUCUUUCUACUGCGCAGUUGAUUCAUCGGAUUCAUGCGGAGAAUGAGCGGAUCGGGAAGGUUAAGAGGAUUGUGCAGGAGAGAGUGGCGGAGAGUGAGAGGACUACUCAGGAGAGAAUGAAGGAGGCUGAGCAAUGA